GCUACGAUUCAAGCAAGCCACCUAGGAGUAAAACACGUGGGAUUACCGCGCUCGUCGCUGCUUUGUGCGGCCAUGGGUUUUUCUCGAACCUCGCCGUUCGACUGGACCACAGUCCUACCUUGAGCCCCCGCCUCCGCCACUCUUGUUCGUUUUUCCACGAAUGAAAGUCAAGAAUUCCUAGCAUUCUGUACGCAGGCUUUAAUCACAGUCCUACCUUGAGUCCCCGCCUCCGUCGCUCUAGUUCGCUUUCAGGCGAAACCCGCCGGCGAUGUUACUCCCCUGUCGCAGAACGCCUUGCCUGGUCGCAGCGACAGGCGUCGCGUGCGUCGCAUGGGCGGCGCUUCUUGUCGCACUGCUGGCGGAGGUUGCAUCUGGGGAAGGCGCAGCCGGUGCCGGUACAGGCGGGGGAGGAGGGAUGGCGGCGGGGGGAGGCGAGGCGAGCAGCAGCAACGUGUGGGUGGUGCUGGUGGGAUCCUCGCGCAACUGGUUGAACUAUCGAGACAACACCAACACGCUCGCGCUCUACAGGAGCGUUAGGGAUCUAGGGGUGUCGGACGAGCGCAUCAUCCUCAUGCUAGCAGACAACAUGCCGUGCAACCCGCGCAACCCCCACCCCGGCCGCGUCUUCCACAGCCCCGACCACCGCCUGAACCUCUAUGGCGAGCACGUGGAGGUGGACUAUCGCGGUGCCGAGGUGACAGUGGACGCGUUCCUGCGCCUGCUUACUGGGCGGCACAAUCCGUCUGUUCCUCGCAGCAAGCGGCUGUUAUCGGACGGCAGCAGCCGCAUCCUUAUCUACAUGACUGGCCACGGGGGCGACAAGUUCCUCAAAUUCCAAGACAAGGAGGAGCUGCAGGCACAAGAUCUGGCGGACGCCUUCCACCACAUGCACCAGCAGCAGAGAUACCAUUCUAUUCUGCUCAUGAUCGACACAUGCCAGGCGCAGACCCUGUUCUCUGAGAUCUACUCCCCUGGCAUUGUGUCUGUGGCCAGCAGCGCCAAGGGCGAGAUGUCCUACUCCUACCUGCCUGAUGUCGAUCUGGGGGUGUCGGUGGUGGAUCGCUUCACCUUCCACACGCUGCACUUUCUGCAUCAGAUCAACGCUCGCUCCAACGCCUCCCUUGCCAGUCUGUUCGAGUCCUACGACCCGGCCUUUCUCAUGUCAACUCCUGGAUACAGCAGCGUCAGCUUCCCCGCCCCACUGCACCAGGUGCCCGUCACUGACUACGUCGCCUCAGUCAUGCCUGUCCAGAUAACACCUGCCCCUUACCCUCUCCCCUCCACCGACAUACCCCCUUCCAAACCGAGCGGGGGAGCAAGGGUGGGGGGAGGAGAGGGCUGUACAGCAAAGGGGGGGAGUGAUGGGUGUGGGGAAGAGAGAGGAGAGGGAGGCGGGUGUGAGGAAGGAAAUCAGAGGGAUGGCAACGAAAGGGGUGAAGGCAGAGGGAGAAAGGAAGACAGUGCCGUGUUGCAUUUUGGGAAGCAUAAACCGAAGGUGGUUUCUACGAGUAGCUCCCAAGUGGGCACAUGGGCUCUGGUGGGGCUUUCAGUGCUCACCUUGGCUGGGGCUGCAUGGGGGCCAUGGCAUACCGUGGGCAUAUAGCAUGUAGUUCCUACCUAGCCAAUUGAUUCGAGUGCUUCGUGAUUGGAUUUUGUGAUCACUCACCAGUCUGGCAAAUUUUGCACAAUAUUUUGUACGUGCCUUUGUCUUGCACAAUAUU